AUGCGUUUCUGGUACUUUUGGUCAGGUUACUGGUGGGCUCCUAUAUGCGCAUCUCAGACACAACGCGUUGGAUUGGUUGGUAUGUCAGACGAUGGUCACGGCUGGACGCCAUCGUAG